GCUCAACUGUCAGACAAUUUUGGUUCAAACGCCCGCCAUGUCCGAAAUUUUCAACUCGGACCCCUUCGUCCCGCCCGCGCUGGCCGCGCCGGCCACGCGUACUCGUUCUGCGCCCUCGCACCGUCCUGUGUGGGAGCAGAACGAGAGACGGGGCUCCCUGCCGUGGCUGAAGGGGUGCGGCUAUGCGUUGCCGCUUUGCGCGCUCACCGCCAGCGCCCACGUCGCGCGCCGCACGGGCUCCCGACCGCGCGGGCGGGGAGGUGCCCGGUCUGUGCUGCGCGCGGCCUCCCGGCGGGAGGUGGCUGCUGCGCUGGUGGCGGCAGCUGAGCUCCCCUCGGCGGCCUCGGCCGAGAAUCAGACGUUGGGACUAUCCUGGCUGCCCAUUGAUGAGGAGCCACAGACUGAAGAGAUUUUCGAACGUUUCGAGUCUGACAAGCAAUGGUCUGUGGACUUCAUCGUGUACCUCGCGCGGAUUUUGCUGAACUAUGAUCAAGGCUCUGCUGCGUGGUGGCACCGGGAGGUCGUCCCCACCGUGGACGCCACGCUGCCCGCGCGCGCCGCCAGCGCCGUGGAGCAGCAGCGCUGGCAGCAGCAGCGGGCCGCCAAGCUGCGGGACGUCUUCGCGGACUACGCGGCCAGCGUGGAGAUUGGUUUGAGAAGAUAUCAAGAGGAAGGCCGGCGCAAGUCGGGGCUCCUGAAGAAGCUCGUAGACCGCUAUGGGGAAACCCAGGAAGGCCGACGGCAGUUGGCCUUGGCCUUUACCUUGCUGGAGGAUCAGCCCCUGGAGUUGCUGUCCAGCCUGUUGAGCUCUUUGCAGCUGGACAACCGCCUGCAGGCGGUCUUUAGUCCCGCUUUGUCGGACUACCUGGCGAUGGACCCCACGCGCUUGCUGCCCAAUACCCAAUUCCCCGUCUGGAACGGCGGCUUGCAGCGGUGGGUGAUCCCUGGCUUCCAGAAGGCCCAACCUUACAAGAGCGCCUUCGACGAGAUGGACCAAGGUGCGGCCGUCAGCGUCUUCGGUGUGCGCGGCGCAGAGGUCGUCACCAAGGAGCGUCAGCUCAAUCCGCAAGACUAUGCGCUUUUUGCGCUUUCGGGCGCCUUCGGCUGCUCUUUGACCCACUCCUUGGUGAUCCCAUUGGAUGUGGUGAAGACCCGACUGCAGACGAGCCCAGGUCGCUUUAAGAAUGCGAAUUUGCUCUCUGGAAUGCAAGAGAUCUAUCAAGAAGAGGGCCUUGGAGGAGGCCUUGGAGGUCUUCUGGCUGGUUGGGAGCCCACCAUCUUAGGAUACCUUUGGUAUGGCAUCACAGUCUAUCCUGGCUACGAGUUCUUCAAGCGUUUGUUCUUGUCGCUCUUCCCCCAGGAGGAGCUUCGAGUGUUGCUGGUCUUGCUCAGCGGAGCUGUGGCCACAGUCUUUGCUUGCUUUGGCGUGUGCCCUGCGGAGGCCUGUCGGAUCCGCAUGGUGGCAGAUCCGGAGCUCAAUUCCUUGGGCCUACUCAAGGUGAUCCAGGUCAUCAGCGAGCAAGAUGGCCCCGGGGUCUUCUACGAUGGGCUCAGUACAUUGCUGGUACGUCAGGUGCUCUUUGGCAUGAUGAAAUUUCUGGUCUUCGACUACUUCGCAGACUUCGUCUUCGAUUUGCAGCCGGUGCUGGCGGAAAAGGUGGAGACGCAGCUCUUGGUGUCUCUUUUGUCUGGAGCUGUGGCAGGCAUCGCAUCUUCGAUCGUCUCCCAGCCGGCUGAUACCAUUCUGACGCGAAUGAAUCAGAGUGAAGGCCGUGCCUUCUUCUUCGACACGGGCCGCGAGAUCUGGGCCGAGCGGGGCCUCGGUGGCUUCUUCGCGGGGCUCGGCAGCCGCUCCGUUUGGGCCGCCUGCAUCAUCAGUGGUCAGUUCUUUCUGUACGACCUGUGCAAGAGCUUCCUCGGGGUCAAAGAUCUCCGCAUGUUUUUGAACGUGCAGGUGUAGUAUGCCCGGGGCCGUGGCCCAUGAGAGAAAGAAAUCAUGGCGUGGGAACCACACCGGAUUCCCUGCGGAUGAGCCUGCGUAGCUCUGGCCUUGACCACAGCAAAGCCAGUUCUCAACAAAC